UUUGUAUAUAAAGAGAUGUCAUGUAUACAUAUAUACACAUAUAAAAUACAUAGUAUAAAAUUUCUCCUCUCCCCACCUUUCCUACUGGUUGGUCGUUCCUCUUCCUUCUUCCUUCUUUGCGUUCGCGUCGUCGCACGUCGUCGUAUUGAGUGUGAAUGUGUCGUAUUGAGUGUAAUUUCAAGUUAUACUAAGAAAAAAAAACUUCUCGAAAGAGUUAAGGAACACGAUCACUCGUCGUUUUAUAGGUUUUUACAAAUGGAGCAAAACCAAAAGAACACGGACUGCUAUUUUUAUUAUUAUUCCAAAUGCUCUAAGGGAGAUAACUGUGCGUUCCGACAUGAACCAUCAGCUUUGGGUUGCGAGACUGUUUGUUCCUAUUGGCAGCAGGGAAGCUGCCUCAAUGAGCAUUGCAAUUUUCGGCAUAUGGAAUUAAAGAAAAAUCGCAAGUCAAUUCCUUGUUACUGGGAAGGACAACCAAGUGGUUGUAUGAAACCGUACUGCCCAUUUCUUCAUAGAAAUCCAAAACCUACACAGAAUGCUGCUGUUAAUCAGGUGAAAGUAUCCGAAACGAUUUCAACGAAGCCUGUCAAUCAGGAAUGGUCGACUCGUCAAGAAGACUCGAAAUUCGAUGCUAGUAGCACUGAAUCCGAUCAAGGACGUGGUAGCAGUGAAGCGGGCAGUUUCAUUGGUAGUCCAGCAGUCGAUCCUCUGAUUGUCAACUUUGAAGAAGAAUCCGAUAGCGAAGGAGGUUGUUCGCCAGUAAAGCGGAAGUCGAGGGUGGCGUAUUGCAAAACUUACGAGGAAAUUCGUCUCGAGGAAAUUCAAGCGGAGAGCGCGGCAUUUUAUUCCUAUCAGCCGGACGAUUAUUUGGGUUCGAGUGGAGGGGGGAAAUUUAAAAAAACAACAACAAUACGCACACAAAGGGAAUCACCGCUUUAUUCCAGGCUGGACACAACAACAACAAUUUCAGAUCAGCAGCCGUCAGUUAAUUUAAAUUUUAAAAUAUUAACCCUCGAGGAAAUUCGUCGAAGGAAAAUUGAGGCGACAUCUACAGACGAUAGAAAUAAAAAAACAAGUGACAAUAAUCAGUCAACGGAGGAAUUUUUAAAGGACGCAAUGAAAACUUUAGAGAAAUUAAAGGCAAUGAAUAGUGAAAGACGAGAAAUUACCAAAAGAAAAUAUUCCGAAUUGGAAGACAUCGAGGAAAUAAGGAAAAGUAAAAUAACGAAAAUUAACGAUAAUAAAGUUCCACCUGUCAGAUUGCGAAGAACAUUGAAAUUUUCCGACAAUACCAGUGAGGUAAAAAUCGAAAAUCCAGAAGUGAAUUUUACAAAAGUUGAAGUUAGAGUUUGUGAUAGUAGCACUGCCGAGGACGAUGUGCCGAGUAAAAUUCAUAAUGUCGGGAAAAUUUCCGUCUCUACCGAAACAAAGAAUUUCUGUGAUAAUUCGGAGAAAACUAGCAAUAACACAAUUGCCGAGGAGGAUGACAUUUUAAAAGAUAUCGACGCAUUGUUAUAAAAACAACAUAGUAAAAAAAAGUGACAACAGUAAAACUAAAAGUAAGUUAUUUGACUCUUUUUUUUCUAUCACAAAGUGGUAUUUUUUCAAAGGAUAUAAACGAUAUAAAGUUAUAUUUCCAAACAUGAAAAAACGGAAAUCAACGAAAAAAAAUUUUAAAAAAAGGGUAAAAUGAUAAAUGAGAUUUUAAAUAUUUUCCUUUUUUUUUAAAGAAUAAGUGAUAAUUUUUAAAUAUUCGUCCUUUAACAAAAGUGAUAUUAUAGAGAAAAAUUUUACAUAAUUUUU